CGUGACGUCGGCCACCCGCCACUUGCUCCAUAUCUUGGCGGCGGGCAUCGAUGUUCUGAAUUGUUCCGUGCGGCGGAGCGUGCCCUAGUGUCCGCAAAGUGCUGUUUCGAGCCCUGGAGGACAGCUCUCACGAACAGGUUGGAAUAUUAAGCCGGGGCAGAGACGUAACAAUCGCUUUCGGGUUUCAGAUUGGACAGAAGCUCUUGACAAAUGAACUUGGAGUUCCUCGUUCUCCGCGUCGCUACUUCUCUGUCACAUCGUCUCGCGCUCUAAGCGUAUCGGAACGUCACAAUGAUUUCGGACAAUGGACUCUACUCGCUCGCUGUUUUCCUGGGUUCGCUCGCUAUGCUAUUGAUUGUACUCUAUCAUUUCCUCGAGAUCAAUGCGCAGGACGACAAUGGCGCAACACCUGUGAGCAACGAUCGCAAAGCCGAAGCCCUUCCCGAGAAAGCGCGAUGAAGCACCAGUGCGCAGAAACACGGAACGCAUGGAUAGAAGCCUCGCGCAGCGCACUGAAAGCCCGGGGCUAUCUUGGAAUGUAACAUCAUGAUUGAGGGCGAGGCUGCCAAAGAGUUGCUUGUCGUGGUGCAAUUCGGGCAGGUACAAUCACGAAGAGAACGGAUGGAUUUGCCCACCGCGGUCACCCUUUCGUGGAGUUGCCCCCAUCACUGAGAAAUAUUGCGUUCAGCUG